GGUAAACAACCGUACAGGGCUAGAAAAAUAUGGAUUAACACCUUCAAUCCGCGUUUACCGAUCGAGAAAAACCCAGAUUGAGUGGCCGUUAGUGCUCGUGGAGGGCUUUCGCGGACAGGGGGGUUUUAUUAGCGCGCGAGAUGGCUGGAGAAUGACAGGGGUUUGACACAUGACCAUGUUUCUGCUCGGAGCCUGAUGCCCAUUCUUGCCACGUCUGUUGUCAUGGACACGGAGGACUAUCUGCACCCUGAGGGCCCUCAGCUGGGGAGCCCAAAGUUCAGCGCUCCCAGUCCUCCUCUCACAAGCUCCAUGGAGAGUCAGCUGUAUCCGUCGAACUCAUGGACGUACCCACAGCAAACUCAAUACAGCCAGCACUAUCCUAUGCAAUCUGGGAGGCAGCUCCAGCCAAACCCGUCCUCGGUGUCUCUGGACCUGCCUGACAUUGACUUUCAUGACCUUGUGCGGAACGGAGAUUUCUCCCAGGAUCUGCCAUGCAUAGAUGAGCUGUCCAACCAGUCGCUGUUCUCGUCGCCAUCUGACUCUCUGUCUGAGUAUCCAGACCCUUCAGGAUUCGCCGUCGAUGGCCUGGCACAGCUAUCCAAUGAGGGCCCCGCGGCACCCGUGUACUGGGAUAUAGCUGGACACAGUCAGAGACAGCAAUCCCUGAGCAUUUUUCAGAGUAGGUUGGAUGAUGUUAGUACUAUCCUGUCUGCAUCCGUUGCAGGAUUUAAGGCCGCUGCUCCUCCACUGCCACCACCACCACCACCGCAGGAGGAAGAGGAGGAGGCAGAUGAGGAAGAGACGGAGGAGCUGGGGCACGCGGACACAUACGCCGAAUAUAAGCCAUCCAAAUCUACUAUAGGAAUCUCUCAUCCUGAUAUCGUGGUGGAGACCAACACACUGUCCAGCGUUCCUCCUCCAGACAUCACCUACACACUGUCCAUUCCAGACUGCAGCAUUAGCUCCGGCCUGCUGUCUGCCCUGCAGCUGGAGGCCAUCAUCUACGCCUGCCAGCAACACGAGGUGAUUCUUCAGAACGGUCAGCGAGCAGGGUUUCUGAUUGGAGACGGAGCCGGCGUCGGGAAAGGACGCACCGUAGCGGGAAUCAUACUGGAGAAUUUCUUAAAGGGACGGAAGAGAGCGCUCUGGUUCAGUGUGUCAAAUGACCUGAAGUACGAUGCUGAGAGAGAUCUCAAAGACAUAGACGCUCCCAACAUCCCUGUGUUUGCUUUAAAUAAGAUUAAAUACGGAGAUACGGCUACCUCAGAGGGCGUUUUAUUCGCCACAUACUCGGCACUGAUUGGAGAGAGCCAGGCCGGCGGCCAGCACCGCACCAGACUCAAACAGAUCCUGGACUGGUGCAAACCCAACUUUGACGGAGUCAUUGUGUUUGACGAGUGCCAUAAGGCUAAAAAUGCGACCUCCACUAAGAUGGGUAAAGCUGUUCUGGACUUGCAAAGCAAACUGCCCCGGGCGAGAGUGGUGUAUGCUAGUGCCACAGGUGCUUCUGAGCCAAAGAAUAUGAUAUACAUGAGCCGGCUGGGGAUCUGGGGGCAGGGAACGCCGUUCAAGACGUUUGAUGACUUCCUGCAUGCGAUUGAGAAGAGGGGUGUUGGUGCGAUGGAGAUCGUGGCGAUGGAUAUGAAAGUGAGCGGCAUGUACAUCGCACGGCAGCUGAGCUUUUCCGGCGUGUCCUUCCGCAUCGAGGAGAUUACGCUGGACCAAGAGUUCAAACUGGUCUACAACAAAGCAGCUAGACUGUGGGCCGAGGCUCUCGAUCUGUUCACCAGAGCUGCCGACACGCUGGGUCUGGCCUCCCGUAAGUCUCUGUGGGGUCAGUUCUGGUCGGCACACCAGAGGUUUUUCAAGUACCUUUGCAUCGCUGCUAAAGUCCGCCGUCUCGUCGAACUCGCUCAUACUGAGAUGCAGCACGGCAAGUGCAUCGUGAUCGGCCUGCAGUCCACCGGUGAGGCUCGUACUCGAGAAGUCCUGGACGAGAACGACGGACACCUGGACCGAUUCGUCUCCGCUGCUGAGGGUGUUUUCCAGUCAUUGGUUCAGAAACACUUCCCAACGCAAAAACCCAAAAGAGAGAAAAGCGCCGCAAGCAAGAGGAAACGAAAACCCAGAGGCCGGCCUUCGAAAUUUCCAAAGCACUGCGUGGAAGUGGGCGGGGUUAUUAAAAUCAGCGACGACUCGGACUCAGACUCGGAUGAGAUGGACAGCGACUCAAACUCCUCCCCUGAUUCACUACAGGACAACGACGACGUGAUUUUCGUAAACCAUAUCAACGGACCUGCUGCUAAACUAGAAGAGCUGAAGCAGAGGCUGCUGGGUAAAAUAGCAGAGCUGGGGAAGGUGCUGCCGCUCAACACUCUUGACGAGCUGAUCGACCGGUUCGGAGGACCAGAGAAGGUGUCUGAGAUGACGGGCCGUAAGGGACGUGUAGUGCGGCGUCCCGAUGGCAGCGUUCGCUACGAGACCCGAGCAGAACAAGGCCUGACCAUCGACCACGUCAACGUCCGAGAGAAAGAGCGCUUCAUGACCGGAGAGAAGCUGAUAGCCAUCAUCUCGGAAGCGGCGAGCUCGGGCAUCUCUCUGCAGGCGGACAAGCGCGUGCAGAACCGCCGGAGACGAGUUCACAUGACCCUAGAGCUGCCGUGGAGCGCCGACCGCGCCAUCCAGCAGUUCGGUCGAACGCAUCGCUCAAAUCAGGUCACGGCUCCGGAGUAUAUCUUCCUCAUCUCUGAGCUGGCUGGAGAGAGACGCUUCGCCUCUAUCGUUGCCAAGAGAUUGGAGAGCCUGGGUGCGCUAACACACGGAGACAGACGUGCCACUGAAUCCAGAGACCUGAGCCAGUACAACUUUGAGAACAAAUAUGGGACUAAAGCGCUGGAUAAGAUCACUAAAGCCAUCCUCGGGCACAUCGACAACAAAGUCCCUCCACCGAAGGGCUAUCCAGGAGGAGACAUCAUAUUCUUCAGAGAUAUGAAGAAAGGCAUGAUUGAUGUAGGAAUCUUCUGCAAGGAGCCGCGUUUGGGUCUGAAUACAGAGAAAGACUGCACCAUCACUAAGUUUCUGAACCGUAUUUUGGGUUUGGAGGUCCAUCAGCAGAACUCUCUGUUCCAGUACUUCACCGAUAACUUUGACUACCUGAUCAACAAGGACAAAAAAGAGGGAAAAUAUGACAUGGGAAUAUUGGAUCUGGCUCCUGGUAACGAUGAGAUUCACGAGGAAACGCAGGAGAAGUUUUUAACUCCAGGAAACCCUCAGGAGGGCCAGGUCAUCCUUUAUAAGAUCAGCGUGGAUCGUGGGAUGCCCUGGGAGGAGGCCUGCAGCAAAGCAGAGAAACUCGCUGGCAGCUACGAAGGCUUUUAUCUCUCAAACAAGCUGCGCGGGGGUCAGCCGUGUGUCCUGCUUGCCGAACAGGGCCGGGGUCGUAAUCUCAUCCUCUAUAAACCCAACAUCGGUAAACAGGCCCAUCCUGAGAACCUGGACAACCUGCUCCUGAGAUACUACAAGGUGACACCUGAUGAAGCAAAGGAUUUCUGGAAAAGUCAGUUUGACUUUUCUUUUACCAACUGCACACAUGCCAACUGUAGGAAGGGUAAGUGUAAGCUGAUCGAGCAGGGCCAGGAGUGUUUUCUGGGGAUGCGUCUCAGGCAGUAUCACAUGCUGUGCGGAGCGCUGCUGAGGGUCUGGAAACGAGUGUCUGACAUCGUCUCGGACAUCACCAACUCCAGCAUCCUGCAGAUCGUACGGCUCAAAACCAAACAGAACAGCAAACAAGUUGGUAUAAAAAUCCCAGAGAACUGCGUGUCCCGUGUGCGCGCUGAGCUCUCUCGGAUGGACGAGGAGGUGAAGAAAGCGCGACGGGAGAGAGAGCAGUUCGCCAACGACCAGCGUCUGCGCCAGGAGAUGCUGGCCAAGAUGAUCAACGCCCGCAAGCUCAUCGCAAACCCUCCCCACCCGCUUCAGAACCAACUCCACUACCCACGCUCCCUUCUUCCGGGGGUGGCCAAGCCGAGUAGCGAAGCCGUCAGCGAAGUCCUGGAUCUGACCAUCAGCCCCUGCCCGUCGCCGGACAUCAAGACGCCCGACUUAAACGGCGUAACGCUAAACGGAGGCAUGCUGAGCGGAAGAGGGCGGCCGUGCGCGACCGUCCCCGAGACGUUCGACCUGGAAGAUUUGAUUUCCCAGGAGCAGCAGAGACACAGGCAGGUGGCGCUAACCCCGAACGCGCGCAUGCCGUCGCAUGCCGCGUUGAACGUUUCCCAGCAGCACGUUCACACACUAAAGCAGAAUCACUCGUCGUUUGGGGUGCUAACGCAGCAGCAGCAGCAGCAGCAGCAGCAGCAGAGCGGCUCGCGGGCGAUCUUGGCGCAGAUGCAGCGAGGUCAAGACAGGUCGCUAAUGCUGCAGCUUUUCAUGCAGAUGCAGCAGCAAACCGGCGCGCCGGCUCAAUCCUCGCGUGUUGCGCUGCACCCGAACGGCCAACGCGCGACGCACGCUUCGAACGCAUACCUGCUGUCGAAACAGCACGCGCGGUCGCAACCUCUCCGGCCUCAGUCCUUGCAGUCACAAUCCCUUCCGUCGCAACCCCAAGCCAUGCAGUCGCACGCCACUCAGCCCGCUACAGAAAGAACGAACGACGAGUUCGAUUUUGACGACUUGGACUUCGGUUACCCCUCCCCCGAUUCCCAACUUCAGUACCCGUUCGCCUCGCAAACCCUGCCCUCCUCGACUCCGCCCCCUUCCCCUUACUCCUCCUCCUUAUUCGCGUCAGCUCCUACAAACUCCUCCCUCUCGGACUCUAGCUCCUCCUCCUCACACUUCACGCCAUCAUCCUCUUCCUCCGAACAGACGCAUCUGUUACCAAACGGCCACGGCAGUAUGGACGCCCUGGAGACGCUGGAUCACAUGAUCCACGGCCCGCCCUCGGAUCACCGCCAGUCCGUCAUCCAGUUCAAAUCAAUAGACUGGGAUGCCACCUAGAGGCUCAAACAGUCAGUGAGUUCUUUCUAGCGCUGCCAAACUGUUAAUCGCAUCCAAAAUGAAAGCUUUCGUUUACGUGAAAUAUGUGUGUACUGUGCGUAUUAUGACACACGCAUGCAGCAUACAUUUUGAAAAUAUUUACACGCAUACAUUCAUAUAAAUUAUAUCAUAUGUUUAAUACAGUGUUUCCCAGUCCUAUCCCCACCCACCGAAUAUUUAGCAUGUCUUAGUUAACACACCGGAUACAGAUAACCAGCUAGUUAGAUAAGAGUGUAUGAUUUAUGUGAUCCCUACCCAGUGUUCAUUGCUUCCUACUCCUUGAACUGGGGAAAUCCAUUUUAAAGGGUUAGUUCACCCCAAAAUGAAAAUUCUGUCAAUAAUUACUCGUCCUCGUGUUUUUCCAAACUUGCAAGACCUUCGUUCGUCUUCAGAACACAAAUUACGAUAUUAUCGAGAGCCGCCUGAGCCUCCAUAGACGGCAACACACCUGAAACGAUCCAGAUCCAGCAAAUGCGUCAGCAAAACAGGAUGUGACAUCAGUGACUCGACUUCGGUUUUGCAACACUACAGAAAUGCUUUCUCCAUUCUUCCCCCUCCGAGUUGCAUCUUCUGCCAUUUUGGAGAGUAUUGCAACGCAAUGCACGGUUCAAGGCGUUCGUCGUAAUCGGCCUCGUUUGCGUUUGCCGUUCGAAAAAAGCGUUCUCCUAGCGAUUUCACAUCCUGGUUUACCAAUGCAUGUACCAUAUAGUUGUGUUGCUGGGUCAGACGGCUUUCUGAAGAACGAACGAAGGUCUUACGGGUCUUGCGACAACCCCGGUGCGAUUCAUUCAAUCAUUGCGCACGUCGUACGUAAUAAGAGACGCAUGCGUAAUGUGAAGGGGGCACGAGGGCUAGGACUGGGAAACCGGUUUAAUGCAUUAAACCUAAUACAACCGCAUACACGCAUAAUGAAAGCACGCAGCACACGCACAUCAUGUAAACGAAAACGUUCAUUUCGUACGCGGUGGUUAAUAGUCGGACAGCGCUAGUCCCCCCCCCCCAACCCCCAAGUCAUUCUCAGUCCAUAAGCUAAAGAGUUGCGUUCGGUUUUGUCGGCGUUCAAUGAAGACGAUGUUAAAAGUACACGGGCACUUGAAACCAGUUCGAUUUUUGUUUGCCUUAUUUAAAGCAAUAGGGCUUUUCCACCCACCAUUUCAUCACAGCAGACAUUGAGGUAAAAGAUAUGUUUAUUUAUUAAGAUAUUGGUGUAUACUGUUUCCUGUCCUAGGGAGUUUAUCUUUUUCGAAUGAAUGCCUUCUGUUAAAUCAGUGCCUUUAUCUCCUUCAGAUGCAGUCUUGUGUGCAUAUAUAUAUAUAUAUAUAUAUAUAUAUAUAUAUAUAUAUAUAUAUAUAUAUAUAUAUAUAUUCUAGAUAGAGUAGUGCUAUAUUAUUUAUUUCCUCUGGCGUCAGUCUCUUCAGAGAAGGCUUUUGACCCGAUCGCAUGAUUCUGAAACUGCUGUUUGACCCCAUAACCCUGUGAAUUUCUCAUACUCUUUCUUCAUUUCAAUAAUCCGAACACAGGGACAGAUUCGUUCACCAUAUAUAUAUAUAUAUAUAUAUAUAUAUAUAUAUAUGUAUACAGCGAAGACGCCGCUUUCGAGAGCAGAUCACGUUCUGCAGAAUACUUUCUCAGGUAUCGUAUAGACUCAUCACUGUCCAAACGAAAGGUUACUUUAAGAAAUACAACAGACCGCGGGCGAAACGUCGCGAGCUUUUGGGAAUCGAUAACCAAAUUAUUUAUUAGCGGCGCUAAUCGCGAACCACUGGACCUCACGUCGAGAGUGAGACUGAGCAAUAAAAACCAAACGAAUAUUAUUCAAAUCAAAUACUGCCCCACGAACAACUCGCGAUUCUCUUUAUAUCUGUUCAGAAGUGAUAUUUUUGAAUUGUGUUUGAAGAAUAUUAUAUUUGUUAUGAGAACGAAACGGACUUGUUUGUUUGUGUGUGUGUGUGUAUGAGGUCAAUGUUUUUUCUUUCGGUCUUGUAUUCUCGUGUAGUUGGAAUGGAAGCAAAUGUAUUGGCGUCUUUGCUAUUGCUAUUCGUAUUAUUAUCGUCAUUGUUAUUAAUACUAUUAUUAUUGUUGCUAUUUAUAUCCAAGGGACAUUAUUUGUAGAGGUAGACUUUGUUAUAAUCACAUGUAGAAGACGAAACACUUUUCCAAUGCCUUGUCAGGGUUUAAUUGAUUUCUCCUGCUCCCAGAACACAGAAUAAAAGCCUGCGACCUGCCACCAAAUAAAACCUGCACUGCCCUGCGCCGCUGUCCGGCGUCCGCGUGUCACUUCUAUUCCUCCGCUCGGAAAAAAUGUCCGUUUUUUUCCGCUUUAGGGUCGGCCGACUAGAUUCCCGUCGCACCAAAGUUUUCUGUGCAGUCUUCGCAGGCUCCGUGCGGUCGUGCUUAAUCUCAGGAAAAGUCGAGGGAAAGAAUGCGCCGUCGCAGAGAAAGACGCGUGAUACUGACUACUGUAUUCUACACGCCUGGCUGCCGUAUUCUAGACUUGAAGCGUAUGAGAGAAAAUGCGAGUUUUAGGAAUAUCGCUCGAGUAUUACUCCAAGUUCUCUGCUUUUGAUAUGACCGUUUUUUUUUUUAUGCAAGCCGUUUCGAAACUGGAUUGGUAACGGGGCGAAAAAAACGUUAGCGUUUCCCCGCGAGGCUGCGGUUGGCGCCCGGAUUUCUUUUUUUUUGCGCGUAAAAACCGUUGUGUUCCUGCUCCUUUUGUCCUGACAACUUGCCAGAAUUUACAGAAAGUACAAAGAAAUCACAAAUGAACACUUUAAUAAUAAAAAAUGAAACAUUUACGAGAACUGCUACUGAUUGUAUGUAUUGUUGUUGUUGCUGUUGUUGAUAUUAUUAUUAUUAUUAUUAUUAUUAUUGUUAUAUUAUUAAUGUUUCCAGUUAGAAUUCUGUUCAGCACUUUUACUUUGGGCUUCUUUGUUUUAUCCCAAUAUUUAAGAGUUUAGAUGGAACUGUAAAUAGUGUAAACAAAUGUGCCUUUUGACUCAUUCUGAACGUUUUCUACAUUUAACAGAAGGAAUAUAUUGUACUGCAAUAUAAUUUUUAACAAACAAUAAAAUUUUAAGAGUU